AUGUACACCUGCACCGGUUGCAAAUACGAAAGUAAUCGGUACUUCAAUAUGGAACGUCACAAACAUAGGAUCCAUUCGAAGCAGAAGUUGCACAUCUGUUGUGGUGAGAGCUUCUACACCAAGGGUGCCUAUUACGUGCAUUGCGAGCGAUCGCACCCCGAGACGAGACUGCACGCGAUCGUGUCGAAGCACAAGUACAAAAUCACCGGCGACCUGGUACCGUUCGAUCACAGAGAGUCUGGGCCCAGCCGCGAGGAACAGGCCGACAACCUGUGCAGGAUGCAACUGAGAUCGGAAUCCUCGGUACACGGGAAGAAUCGCGUAAAACAGCUGAAGACGAAAGUCAGCUUGGAGUACUCGCUGAGUUACAACGAGGUCGACAUCGAGAACAUUCCUCUGAUGAGUUUCCUUACCGAUCAUCGGCUCAUGUCUCGUUUCGAGAGAUCCUGCUCCAAAGAGAGUGUAGAGAAGGCAGAAGACGAGCAGGGGAAACAGGAGACGAAUAGGACGGUGACGAUCGCGAUCUCGUCGGAGCAGGAAAUCCAAAAGACGACGAUGUCCACGAAUGACGCGGUGAACGUUCGGACGAAAGUUUCCAACUCGUCGGUGUCUUCGAUUUCGCUGGAAUUGCCGUUGAAGAAGCUGAUUUUGCACCGGUUCAGGUCGAGCGUGCACGAAUUCGAGGUCCCUUUGCGGGAAAAAAAUGCCGACAACGAUGGCAGCCGGGCGAAUUUGACGCAGGAAUUGGUCAAAGAGAUGGUACCGACUGUGAAGCAGAGAUGGCUGAGGAAACCGAAGCGACUCGUCACUGGUCAAGAUAAAGAGAAUGUAUCCGAGUUCGCGUUCAAUCUGCAGAAGCAGUUGAACAUCAAGUUGGACACGGGGAUCGAGGUGCCCGUGGUGUCGCAAGUGCAUCGAGAUUUCUUGGGAUCCAUCAAUUUCGACGAGUUUAAAAUUUGUUGA